AAAAAUGUAGCACAUUCGUCAAAUUGACUUACAGUCUUGGGUUGGUAAGGACUUUAUUUCAAUGAUUAAAGUGUGUUGAGUGAUGAAUAUAUAACAAUCAAACAUUUGCCCCUUUGCAACGCACUCAUCAAUCAAUCAUAAACUCUAACAUGGCUCCCUCUGUUUCCAUUUCUAUUCUAAUAGUAGCAUUAUGGGUUCUUUAUAUCUUGAUGCACUCCACAACUAUGGUUAUUGCAGCUGGCUCUGUGGCAGAAUCUAAUUCAUCAGCGCUUGAACUAGAAGCGAAGGCUCUCCUGAAGAGUGGGUGGUGGGAUUAUUACUCCUACGAUCAUUGCGAGUACUAUGGAAUCAUAUGCAAUAAUGGUGGAAGCGUCAUAGAGAUUAACAUGGUUAGGUUCCCUCUGCGAGCUGAGAUCAGUAAACUCAACAUCUCUUCCUUCCCAAAUUUAGUCCGUCUUGAUCUUUCUUAUAAUUGGCUUACGGGGAGCAUUUCAGUUGAGAUAGGCACCAUUUCAAAGCUCACCCACCUUGAUCUGUCCCAUAAUUCUCUCACAGGUAAGUUGCCUCCUUCAUUUGGAAACCUCACUCGAUUAGUGAAAUUUGACAUUUCUUCAAAUUCUAUCAAUGGUUCCAUUCCCAAAGAUUUGGGAAAUUUAACAAAUCUCACCCAUUUUAGUGCCCAAGGUAAUCCACUCAUCGGUGAGUUACCUCUUUCACUUGCAAACCUCACUAGAUUACAGGUAUUUGACAUUUCCUCUAAUCUAGUCAGUGGUUCCAUACCCAAUGGAUUAGGUAAUUUAAAGAAUCUUCUAGAAUUAAGAUUGAGAGAUAACAAAUUUACCGGAGCAAUCCCUUCUGCUCUUGGCCUUUUAACCAAUCUUUCCAUCUUGGAUUUGUCUUUUAAUAAAAUCAAUGGUUCUAUAGUGCCAGAAAUUGGAUUGCUAAAGAAUUUGUUGAAAUUGGACCUACAAAAAAACAAUCUCACUGGUCCAAUCCCUUUGUCUAUAGGUCAUUUAACUAGCUUGCAAGCUUUGUACCUUAGUGGGAACCAAAUUAGUGGUUCCAUCCCUGUGCACAUUUCUAAUUGCUCUUUACUAUACAUAAUAUUUAGCCACAACUACUUAACUGGAAGCAUUCCCUUUCUAAACAGUAGCCUUUCAUUUAGACGGAUUGACCUCAGUUAUAAUUCUAUUAGUGGAGGCGAAAUACCUCUUACGGGUAUAGGAUUUUUGGAUGUCAGCUACAAUAACUUCAAUGGCUCCUUUCCUAACUUAAUAGUUGAUAAUAUGGAGCAUCUGUAUUACUUCAACCUUAGCAAUAACAAAAUUGUCGGUCAUGUUCCUUCGAUUAUAGGUCAAUUAACUUACUUGGAAACGUUGUCCCUUAGUUGGAACCAAAUCAGUGGCGCCAUCCCCAAAGAAAUAGCUGAUUGCAAGAGUUUGAGUGAAUUGGAAUUGAGCCAUAACCAUUUAACUGGAAGCAUUCCAUCUCAAAUUAGUGACCUUCAGUUUUUAAAUGCUAUUGACCAAAGUUAUAAUACUAUCAGUGGGGAAAUUCCUUUUAAACAAGGGGAUUCACAACCUUUAGAGUUCUUGGAUCUCAGUUGCAAUAAUCUUACUGGAAAUAUUCCGGAUCUUUCAGCUUCAAUAAAAGAAGUGAACUUUUCCCACAAUUCUUUCCAUGGUCAGAUCCCAGAUGGCUACUUAAAUUAUGCACCUUCAACCUUCAUUGGCAACAAAGAUUUAUGUGGUGAUGUCAAAGGCUUCCCUCCUUGCUUGCCAUCUUCCCCAAGCAAAAGUAGAUCCAUUGUCCAUCAAAUAAAAUUUUUUGUUCCCUUAAUUGCUUUCACUAUGUUUUUACUUCUUGGGUAUUUUUUCCGCUCUCAAUGUCGAGUUAGGAAAAUGUCAUCUGAGUCAAGGGAAACAAAGAAUGGGGAUUUGUUCUCAAUAUGGAAUUAUGAUGGAAAAAUUGCAUAUGAAGACAUCAUUGAAGCAACAGAGGACUUUGACAUUAGAUAUUGUAUUGGAACAGGUGGUUAUGGUAGUGUUUACAAAGCACAGUUGCCUAAUGGUAAAGUGGUUGCCUUAAAGAAACUUCAUCGCCUAGAGGCUGAGGACCCAAAUUUUGACAAGAGUUUCAGAAAUGAGGUCAAAAUUUUAACGGAAAUCCGACAUCGGAAUAUUGUGAAAUUGCACGGUUAUUGUUUGCACAAACGAUGCAUGUUUUUGGUCUAUGAGUAUAUGGAAAGGGGAAGUCUAUUUUGUGUCCUACGCAACAAUGCUGAGGCUGUAGAAUUGGAUUGGAUGAAGAGGGUGAACAUAAUCAAAAGUAUAGCACAUGCCUUAUCUUAUAUGCAUCAUGAAAGUGUCCCAGUAAUUGUUCAUCGAGAUAUAUCAAGCAACAAUAUUCUAUUGAACUCUGAGUUAGAGGCAUUUGUGUCAGAUUUUGGCACGGCUAGACUUCUUGAUUCAGAAACCUCCAAUCAAACUUUAAUUGCUGGGACUUACGGUUAUAUUGCUCCAGAAUUGGCCUAUACUAUGAAGGUGACUGAAAAAAGUGAUGUUUAUAGCUUUGGAGUGGUGGCAUUAGAAAUAUUAAUGGGAAGGCAUCCAGGCGAAUUGUUGACAUCAUUAUCUUCAUCUCAAAGUGUGAUGCUAAAUGAAAUAUUAGACAAGCGUCUCCCACCUCCAAAUCGUUUGGUUGCACAGGAUGUUUUUCUUGUUGCUGCAAUUUCAUUUGCUUGCUUACGUGCUAAACCAAAGUCUAGGCCGACAAUGAAAUCAGUGUCUCAAGAAUUUCUUUGUCAUAAGAAACCAAUAAUGAACCCCUUACAUGCAGUUUCAGUAUGGCAGCUAAGAAACCAAGAAUCUUAUAUGUUUGGAGAGAGUGAAACCCAUUCUGAAAGUCCUUGUUUUCUGGUUGAGAAAGAUAAUGUUUGAUGAGAUUCUUCAAAAAAAUUGUUGUGUAUUACAAUAACAAUAGCUUAAAAAUCCUGUUUGUAAGUUGUAAUUGUUGUUCUUUAUGAUCUGUAACCUGUAUUUUGUAAUAUGAAAUUUAAGUCUUCGCCA